UAGAUAAAUAUUAAAUAAGUACUUAGCUAUAAAUAUAUAUACUUUUCGCCGGACAAACAAUUUAUACAAAAUAAAUCUAUUAGAAAAAGUACGUUGCAAAUAAAUGUAAAAAUUGGUAUUUUCACUUUUUUAAAACGAAAUGGCGUCAAUAAUUAAAUCUAUAGUUCUCAACAAACCGAACAAAGUUGCAAGCACAUUGUUAAGAACAUACUCAGCCAAAGCUGAUGUCACUCAAUAUGAAACACUGGCCGUGUCUGUACCGAAAAAGAAUGUAUUUCAUGUAGAACUAAACCGUCCAGACAAAUUGAACACAUUCAAUGAUGCUCUAUGGGAUGAUUUGACCACAUGUUUCAAGGCACUGCAUGAGAAUCCUGAAUGCAGAGUGGUUGUACUAUCAGGCAGAGGGAAGCAUUUUUCAGCUGGUAUCGACCUGAAAAGCCUCAUAAAAAACUUUACCAAAGUCAACGAAAUUGAUGAUACAGCACGCAAGGCCAGAGCGUACGCGGGCUACAUAAAGAGAUAUCAGGAAAGCAUAUCAUCACUGGAGGUCUGCGCGAAACCAGUAUUGAAUCUCAUACACGAAGGUUGUAUUGGUGCUGGUGUGAAUGUGAUCACCGCAGCUGAUGUCAGAUACUGCACCGAAGAUGCUUGGUUCCAAGUGAAAGAGGUGCUGAUCGGCGUGGCCGGAGACACUGGUGUAUUGCAGAGGUUGCCUAAAGUGAUCGGCAGCGCGUCGGUUGCCCGCGAGCUGUGCUACACGGCGCGGAAGGUGACGGCGCAGGAGGCGCUGAGCAUAGGGCUGGUCAGCAGGGUCUUCCCCGACAAGGACACAGCUCUAACUGAGGUGUUAAAUAUAGCUGAAACCAUCGCGAGCAUGAGCCCAGUGGCUGUUCAAGCUAUUAAGCAGAACCUGGUCUAUUCACAGGACAGGACCAUCGCCGAGGGUCUGGAGCAUAUUUGUUUAUUGAACGCCAUCAACCAUCAAAGUGAAGAUAUAACUAAGGCUGCCAUCGCACAGGCCACUAAGACCGGUCAACCUGACUUCGAAAACUUGUAGUUUUAAUUACGGCAGACGAAGGCCAAAAGCCAUUUGUUACUUUAUAGAUAUAUAGAUAAAUACUCUAUUGUUUCCUCCAAAGGAUUACAAUAGUAAACUUAUUAUAGAUACAAACAAUGAUAUAUACAUUGCAUCAUCAUUAUCAAUAAGCUGUACAUAACCUCCACCUUGGGGGCUUAUGUACAGCUUGCGGGCAACUGUAGUCCGGCUUUAGAGAUGUUUUAAAAGGGACGCUGCUGCCCAUUCCUCGCACUCCCUUAGUCGCCUCUUACGACAUCCACAGAAGGAUAGGAAGAGAUGGCCUAAUCUCAUAAUUAUAGUCAAUGAUGAAGAAAAACUGUAAUGAAGGAUGUGACGGUCCACGUGAUGGAAAGUGAUAACCGUCACCUAUAGACAUGAGCAGUACUAUGGACAGCUGCGGCCUUACGGGGUGGCGAACAGGGCAAUUGACCGGGUCCUCGCUCUUGUGGGGGCCUAGCGUAACAACUGCUGCCUACAUCCAACAACCAGACCUAGUUUCGCAUCACAUACUUUUCACGAAGGACAAAGGGCCUUGCAAAGACCUACCGCCUGGAGCCUCUCAAUGGCUAAGGCCGCCGCUGACUAUGGACAUAACAGAGAUAGAUAGACUGUUUCGCCCAUGAUAUGCGUUGUCAUUCCUGAGGACUAAGGUGUUGUGUAACCUGUACCCUGUAAUUUGAUUGCCAUAUCCCACCCUUCAGAUCGGAACAGCCAUACAAACACAGCUGAAUUGGAUAAAGUUACCCAAGCAGACGACUUUGUACAGUCUCUCUCUAGUAAAUAAAAACUAGUAACUUCUACAGUAAAUGACAAAUAGUAAUCAUGUUAUUUAUUUUAAAUGUUUUUAAUUACUUAAUUGCUAUCCAAAUGCUGGACAAUAUAGUGAAAUACCUGUGUGCUGUCGCAGUGUCCAUUUUUUUUAACUAAAUAUAUAUGUGACAAAGCGUAUAACGCAUUUUUAUUGUUGGUUAUAUUUAAAGCCAAAGGCCUGUACAAUAUUUUUGUAGAUUUUUUAAAUUUGCUAUAAGUAUAUUUAUAUUUAAGUAAACUAUUUUUGUAAAUUGUUAAAAUAAACACUCAACUGAC